GCUCUUCUUCUUCGUGCAGCCCGACGAGCUCCCCCCAAGCCACCGACUUCUAUUUCUUGAGGAAAUUGGUAACAGGCUUGAUUUUUCCCUUCCUUUUCUUGAUAAAGAACUGAUUUUAGGACCUAGAACCCUCCCUUUGAAGUAGGAAUUUCUAGAUCUGUUCUGCUCCUCCUCCCCUGUCCGCCGGUGCUGCUAGGUACGAAUUUCUGGGCAUUUCUCUGUUCCCGUGACAUCCCUUCCCCUUUCCCGAUUUCUGCCGAGCUCGCCAGAUCCGGCUUCUAUUGCUGAAAAUAUUCUGAAAUAUGGAAGAAUUCGGUAGCAUAAAAUGGGUUUUGGGUUGCUAAUUCGUGUAGAAUUCUAUGCGGUUGUCCCGGGAAUCAUUUUGGCUGUUUGAAGUUGUUUUUAUGCCAUUUUAGUUAUCCUGAAGAAAUUGUUCUGAUUGAUUGCUGGUAGAUGGAAAUUUGUGGCAACGAAAAUUAUGAAAAUUUCCUUGAUUAGCUACUGCUUUGCCAAAGAUGGAAAAUUGAAUAAAAGUCAUGCUCCCUAUUGUUUGCCUGUGCUGUUGUGGCUUAGAGCUCUGGGGUCGAGUUUCCUGUUUUAUGCGAAGUGAGGUAAGUAACUUAUGGUAAUGCACUGGAUUUAAGGUAAAGCUUUUAAAAGCAAAUUUUUUAUGGUUUUGAAAUAGUGGUGGAAUUAAACCCGUUUUACACGAGCAUGACUGAUUUGAAGUGAAAUUUUUAUGCUUUUCAUUAAAUUGAGCAUGCCUACUUGAAAUUUAAUUGAUUGUCCUGAUGAUCUGAAAGUGAUUGGUGAAUUAUGAUUUUCUGUUAACUUCUGCCUGUUUUGUCUCUGAUAUGGUCAUGUUAUUCGUGUGCCCGUUAGUGGGAGGUUUAUAAACGCUAGCAUAUGUUGACAUGUUACUAAUAGAACUGGUUCGUUUCUGUUAUCCUGCUAGUGGGAUUAUAUACUAGUAAAUCGUGUGCUUGCCAGUGAGAGGCUUAUAACACUGGCCAUGACCUAUAGAGGAGACGUCUAUUUCGUUCCAGUACCGUAUCCGUUUUUCGUGAUUACACUUGUUGGCAUGCUAUGAGUUUAAUUACGAGUUACCCAUAUUUUACUUAUUGAGUUAUCUCACCUCGUUUUUCCUUGCCCACCAUUUCAGGUAGUGUGACCCCAGACUCGAAAAUCAAGGGGAGUGACAUGGUAGAAGGCUAGCCACUUGAGAUUUGACAUAGAUUCUAGAUAUAUAUACCAUGCUCUUGUAAGUUAGAUUUUAAUUGGAAAUUUUAUGGUAUCAAAACUGAUUUUGUUGAGUAAGUUUCGAGCCUUGUGCACUUCUGGGACCCGUCUCACAAGUUUACGGCGUCUGUUACGCCCUUGGAUUUGGGUUUUGGGGCGUGACACAUAUCACGCCCCAAAACCCAAAUUUGAGACGCGACAGACGCCGUGCACUCAUGAGAGGGUCCCACAAAUGCACAAGGCUCGAACUUAUCAUACCAUACUCUGAUACCACCAAAAUCGGAAGAUCAAAUUUUAUAAUUUGCUCUAAUAUCAUAAAUCUCCAAUAAAAUCUAGCUUACAAG